AUGAGCGGGAAAAAAUAUGCGCUUCUGCCUAUGGAAGACGAUGACCUCGGGCCAACGAAGGUUGUAGAGCGUAAGAAAGAGAAAAGGCGUCAUGGCGAAAAAUUAUCUUCUCGCCGCGAUAAGCCCAGGGAUAGGAGUCGGGACAGAGAACGAGAACGUCAGAGGUCACCCCGCCGCGAAGAGCACCACCGAUCAAAAACCAUCCGCAAACGAGACGCCCACGAGGCCGAUUUUGAGGAUCGAUGGGGCGACGAAGAGUAUAUUUCCGAGCCAGAGCCAGAGCCGGAAUUUCAGGAGUCUGCGUCGAAGAGGGUCAAGACUUCACAUGCCGACGAGGAUGAGGAGGGGCUGGAUGAUGAGGAGAAGGAGAGGCGGAGGGACCAGGCUGAGAAAGAUGCUUUUGUGAAGAGACUGCAUGCCAAAGAUGCCGAUAAGACGAAGAAGAUUGUGGAAGAUCGGUCUUCGACGAAGGAAGGGACGAUUCUGGCGCAACGGAGAGCGCUGGCUGAGGAUGCGGCUGCGAGGAGUGCGGCGAUGCCUGAUCUCAGGGAGAGGUCGCGACAGGAUUACCUGAAGAAGCGUGAGGCAGAAAGACUGGCUCUUCUAAGGAAGCAAGUUGCGGAGGAGCAAGAGGAGCUACGGAGUGGUGCCAGGCUGACGGAGAGGGAGAGAGCGGAGUUUGCCAAGAACAGAGAGGUGCUGCGAAUUGCUGAGGAGCGCCUACGUAUCGACGAUCAUCUUGAUGGAUAUGCUAUGCCCGAUGACUAUAUCACGGAGAAAGGGAAGAUUGACAAGAAGAAGAAAGAAGCCGCCAUGUACAAGCGCUAUGUGGACAGGGACGAAUACGGCCAAGAGAAGUUCGUCACGGAACACGAGGAAUGGGAGAAGGAGCAGGCUGCAAAAGCCAAGUCACAAAUUCAGAGCAGGGAGCGAGACGAAGAUAACGAGUACGACUACGUUUUGGAUGCCGAGCAGGGCAUCAAGUGGAUUCAGGAUGCGGCUCUUCCUGGAGAGGGAAAAGGGUUGAGUAAAGAGGAGAGGUUUCUUGCCGAGCAAUUGAAAGCUGCCGAGACGAAAGCCAUGUCUAUGGAAGAGACGCGCAAAAGUCUGCCGAUUUAUGUUUACCGGGAGCAGUUCCUGGCAGCCUUGGAAGAUCAUCAGAUUCUGGUCAUCGUUGGAGAAACGGGGAGUGGAAAGACAACUCAAUUGCCACAAUACCUACACGAAGCAGGUUACACGAAAGGUGGUUUGAAGGUUGGUUGUACCCAACCGCGUCGGGUUGCCGCUAUGAGUGUUGCGGCACGUGUUGCAGAUGAGAUGGGUGUCAAGGUUGGAAAUGAGGUUGGAUACUCUAUCCGAUUUGAAGAUUCGACUAGCGACAAGACUAUCCUCAAGUACAUGACCGAUGGUAUGCUGUUAAGAGAGUUCAUGACAGAGCCAGAUCUAGGUGCAUACUCGGCUCUCAUGAUUGACGAAGCCCACGAGAGAACAGUGCAUACCGACAUCCUAUUGACACUGAUCAAGGAUCUUUCCCGGGCUCGGCCUGAGAUGAAGAUCCUGAUAUCUUCUGCUACUAUGAAUGCGACGAGAUUUAGCGAGUUCUUCGAUGAUGCCCCAAUUUUCAACAUCCCAGGUCGAAGAUAUCCUGUCGACAUACAUUACACACCACAACCUGAGGCGAAUUAUUUAGCCGCAGCCAUUACCACGGUCUUCCAAAUCCACACCUCUCAGGGUAAAGGUGAUAUCUUGGUCUUUCUGACAGGACAGGAUGAAAUUGAAGCAGCCGAACAGAACAUCACAGAAAUUUCGAGGAAGUUGGGAAACAGGGCAGCGGAAUUAAUAGUGUGUCCUAUAUACGCCAAUCUACCGUCCGAAUUGCAAAGCAAGAUUUUCGAACCAACACCCAACGGUGCUCGUAAAGUUGUCCUGGCCACCAACAUCGCCGAAACGAGUCUGACAAUUGAUGGCAUCGUCUAUGUCAUUGAUCCUGGAUUUGUCAAGGAGAACAACUACAAUCCAGCAACCGGCAUGUCUCAAUUAGUAGCAGUACCGUGUUCACGCGCGUCUGCCAACCAAAGAAGUGGUCGUGCUGGCCGUGUUGGACCUGGAAAGUGCUUCCGACUGUACACUAAAUGGGCUUUCAUGAACGAGAUGGAGGAAAGCACCACACCCGAGAUCCAGAGAACCAACCUCAACAGUAUAGUUUUGACACUGAAAUCCCUUGGGAUUAAUGACCUUCUGGAAUUCGAAUUCAUGGAUCCACCCCCGACCGAAACACUGAUAGGCGCGCUGAACUCGCUCUUUGCGCUCCAAGCUCUCAAUCAUAACGGGGAGUUGACCUCUCUCGGCCGUAAGAUGGCAGAAUUUCCCAUGGACAUCAUGCUCGCCAAGUCCGUCCUCUCAGCCGACAAACUUGGCUGCGUCGAGGAAGUCCUCUCCAUCGUCUCCAUGCUCAGCGAAGCAGCAGCUCUGUUCUUCCGCCCCAAAGACAAGAAGCUGCACGCCGACAGCGCCCGUGCCCGCUUCACCGUCAAGGAAGGCGGCGACCACCUCACCCUCCUCAACAUCUGGAACCAAUGGGUCGACAACGACUUCUCUCCCAUCUGGGCCAAAGAGAACUUCCUACAACAGCGCUCGCUGACCCGCGCCCGUGACAUCCGCGAUCAAAUCGCCAAACUGUGCGAGCGGGUCGAGGUAUCCAUGUCUUCCUGUGGCGCUGCCGAACUUGUGCCUAUCCAAAAAGCGAUCACGGCGGGCUUUUUCCCGAAUGCGGCACGUUUGCAGAGAGGAGGCGACAGUUACCGUACGGUGAAGAACAACUCAACGGUGCAUAUUCACCCGAGUAGCGUGCUCAUGGACUCGAAUCCACCGAUCAAGAUGGUGCUCUAUUUUGAGCUUGUGCAGACCACGAAGGAGUAUAUGCGGAACUGUAUGCCGAUCAAACCCGAGUGGUUGCAUGAGGCUGCGCCGCAUUACCACAAGAAGAAAGACCUUGAUGCGCUAGAGGAGAAGAAGAUGCCGAAGAGUAGGAUAUGA